AUGAUAUUAACUAUAAUAUUCAUUCUGAGUUUAUGUGUUUACAUUCUCUAUAGGAUAUCUACAAGGAAAUUUGAUUAUUGGCAAAAAAAGAAUGUGAGCUACGUAGAGCCGGCUCCUUUCCUCGGAAACUACUCUGGGUACAUACUUCUAAAGGAAAACUUAUUGGACGUGGUGCAUAAUUUGAGUAAAUUGUUUCCAAAUGACCCCUACGUUGGUGCAUUCUUUGGCACAAAACCCACUUUAAUCGUUAAAGACCCGGAAUUCAUUAAACUGGUACUAAUUAAAGAUUUCUACUAUUUCCACGGGAGAGAAGGCUCCAAAUACACCCACAAUGAAGUCAUCACGCAGGGCAUAUUUUUCACGUACGGCGACCGCUGGAAGGUCAUUCGACAAAACCUGACGCCGCUUUUCUCUUCUUCAAAAAUUAGAAACAUGUUUCGUACUAUCGAAAAAUGUUCUGGUGUUUUCGAGAAUUUGCUGGAUGAAGAAUCUUUAGCACCCGAAGUUGAAAUGAGGUCUGUGAUGUCGCGGUUCACAAUGGACUGCAUAGGCGGUUGUGCGUUCGGAGUAGACACUAAUGCGAUGCAGGAACCCAAGGAUAACAUCUUCAAAACUAUGGGAUACCUUUUCUUCGAGAGCACCACGCACCGAGGGAUAAAGAACGUUUUCAAAGCUAUCUGGCCGGAAAUAUUCUAUGGACUAGGUUUCAAAGUAUUUCCAACGGACUUAAAUGAGUUUUUUAGUAAACUUCUAGUUGGGAUUUUCGAAGCACGGGACUACAAGCCUUCCUCACAGAAUGUUUUCAUCAACCUGUUGUUAAAUUUGAAGAAGAACAGACAUAUCGUCGGCGACCGUUUGCUAAAGAUUAAAACAGGAAACGUAAGAGCAGAGAGUAAAAUAAAACUAGAAGUGGAUGAUGAGCUGUUAGUUUCGCAAUGCGUUGCCUUCUUUAUCGCAGGCUUUGAAACUUCAUCCACUAUUUCAAGCUUUACUUUGUACGAGCUGGCAAAGAAUCCAGAUGUUCAGAAAAGAGCGCAGAAAGAAGUGGACGAAUACAUUAAGAAGCACAACAAUAAACUAGAUUAUGAUUGCGUGAAGGAGCUCCCGUUUGUGGAGGCGUGUAUAGAUGAAGCCCUACGUUUGUAUCCCGUUCUUGGAGUAUUGACAAGAGAAGUAAUGGAACAAUACACAUUCCCGACCGGCCUGACUCUCGACAAAGGAGAUCGCGUUCAUAUUCCCGUGUAUCAUCUGCAACGCGACCCGGAAUACUUUCCGGAGCCAGAGCUCUUUAAGCCGGAGAGGUUCUAUGGGGAAGAGAAAAGGAAUAUCAGGCCCUUUACGUAUUUACCAUUUGGAGCUGGGCCCCGAACUUGUAUUGGUCAAAGAUUUGCGAAGAUGCAGAUGUUGGCCGGCCUGGUGACCAUACUGAAAAGGUACACGGUGCGUCUGGCCGAGGGCAUGCCGGAGACGAUCAACUUCGAACAGAGAGCAAUUGUCACGCAGCCCAACAUUGGAAUACGACUGAAUCUCUUGCCUAGAAACAAUUAA